UUCUUUCAUAAAUCACGAUGUGACUGGUACAUUUAUUGCUUGUAUUCACUGCAACAAGGUUUAAAUGCUAAUAUAUUCAAUGAAUUUAUCAUCUGUUACAAAAGAACAACGCAACUCAAUAGUUCGCGUCGAAAAUAUUUAUCUUUUUAAGAGGGAUGUGUGAUUAUUUGAUUGUGACAGUUUUAUUUUAAAGCCAUAGUCGAAAAAUAUGUCCUAUCCGAGGGAAUGAAAAAAUAAGCAGACUUGUACAAAAUGAUGAAAGGAGAAAAGGACAUCGAUGAAGAUCUAGAAGUUAUUUCAUUACUGGAGGAGAAAGAAAAUGGCGAUGAAACAUGUGAUGAUGAUAAAUGUGUACGUUCACAAUACAUCUCUUCGAAACUUUUUUACUUUUUCUUUUUUUCUGCUCAAGGAUCAUUGGUUCCUUAUAUUUCACUCUAUUAUAAGCAACUAAAGUUGACCGCUGCCCAAGCAGGAAUUGUUACUGGCGCCAAAAUGUACGUUGCCUUUCUUGUUAUCCCAUUAUGGAGUUUUAUGAUUGAUAAAUUCAAAAUUGGCAAACCUGUGUUUAUUACGUCUUCAACCGCCUUGAUAAUAACUAUGUUAACCAUAUCCUUGGCUCCUGGCAAAAUCUGUGCUACAGAGCAGAAGACAACAAGAGAAAAUUGGUUACCAGGUCUAAGUCAAACAUCUAAUAUAUCUUCCGAGCAUUCAAAUCUUGAGUCCAACUAUCAACGUAUUGUACUGAAAACUACAGCUUUUGAUCAUACUGAUCUUUUCCUGUUUCUGCUGCUUGUGACAAUUUGUGGAACAAUAUUUUCCUGUCCGUGCUUGAGCUUAGCCGAUUCUGGUACAGUAGAUCUUUUGGCCCAAAACUCCGAAACACAUAAAUAUGGAAAACAGCGUUUGUGGGGCUCUAUUGGUAAUGGAUUGGCUGCGUUUAUUGUUGGCAUUUCUAUAAGUCAAACAAAUCUUUGUCCUGGUGAAAAUAGAAAGAUCAAUUACUACAUAUGCUUCUACAUUUUUGCGAUGCUUAUGUUUCUGGCUCUCGUUUCUGGCAGCAGGCUUAAGUUCAAUUUAAGAACUAAAUCUAGUCGAGGAACAAUCGAGGUCUGCAAGUCUCUUUGUCAGGUGUUGAUGAGUUUUGAAUAUUUUAUAUUUCUGUUUACCGUCUUCUUUGAUGGGGUUGCAAUGUCCUUCAUUAAAGCAUUUUUGUUUUGGUUCUUAAAAGAUAUUGGAGGCAGCCAGAUAUUGUUCAGUGUGAUUAAAGCAGUCAAUUCCUCCUUGGAGGUUCUUGUGUACUUCUUAUCUUCCUAUUUAAUUCAACGUCUGGGAACUGUUCGAGUGCUGUGUAUUGGUUUGCUUUGUUAUGUCGUUCGGUUCUCAUUUUAUACAUUUUUGACAAACCCAUGGUUUGUUCUUGUUGUUGAACCGCUGUCCGGCAUCACUACAGCCGCACUCUGGGCUGCAAUUAUGUCUCAUGUUGGUACGACAGCUCAUGAUAAUUCAGUGGUAACACUUCAAGGAGUUAUUCACUGUAUUCAUUGGGGUCUUGGACAUGGUACUGGUACCGUUAUUGGAGGAGUUCUUAUACAUAACAUUGGAGCGAGAUAUACGUUUGCAUUGUUCGCCAUUGUUAGUUUACUUAACUUCUUUCUGUACAUACCUGUCCUGUAUGGUAAACGAUCAUCAAAGAGAUCAAACCCAUAUACGUACAUGGAACUUUGUAAUUACGGCGAGAAAGACCACAUUGAUCCUGAAAAUAAAUAUUCAUCAUCGAAUUGCGAGAAGGAGGAAACAAAAGAAGAGACGAACAAUGAUUAUGGAUGCUAUCAUGGCGGCACUGAUAAACAACUUCUUGUCUCGAAAUUAUUUUAUUUAUUCUUUUUCUCAGCUUUUGGUUGUGUUUCUCCUUACCUUGCUUUGUACUUUAAGCAAAUUUUCAUCUCGCCUCGACAGCUUGGAAUAAUUGUGUCAAUUCGCUCGUUUGUUCAGUUCAUAUUUGCGCCGAUCCUUAGCUCCUUAGCUGAACGAUACAACAAAAGGUUGUGUGUCAUCCUUAUUGCUAUUCUAGCAUACACAGCUUGCUAUGUAACAAUACCCUUUAUCCCAUCGGAUGAAAAACCAUCUGCAUGUAAAUCCAAAGAGUCCGAAGAUAUUCCAGUGAACAGCAGCGCUCAUUUGUCUUCAUUCUCAACGUUAAAUGAAGUAUCGAUGUCUAUAAAUUCACCUCGAAGUGAUGAAGGAGACGACUAUUAUUAUUUACCAUGGUCUCUGUUUUAUGCUCCACCUGUAGACAAGAAGUCUGAAAGAAUGCAUGCGGUUAAAUUUUCUGUAACCGAUGCUAACCAACACUUGGCAGAUACAUCACCUCUUUAUCUUUCUGUGCUUUUGGUCAUAACUAUAAGCUACAUGUUUGGUUCUCCUGCUCAGACAUUGGCCGACAUUGCCACGUUACAGUCCUUAGGAGCCGGACGUAGCCAUGAAUACGGACGGCAGGCGUUAUUUGGAUCAUUUGGUUAUGGAAUUGUUUCGUUUGUAGUUGGAGCCUCCAUAAGCGAAAUGCAAGUUGAGAAUCCUUGUAGUGGAUCCAUGGAUACGAACUACUUGCCAUGUUUUAUAUGUUUCGGUGUACUUAUGCUGAUGUGCUUUGUCGUAGCAACUGGCUUUCGAUUCAAUGUGAAUGAAAACGUCAACGUCCAAGAAGAUAACCCUCGAAAAGGGAAAAAAAAUAAUGUUGUAACGUUUGAGUUAGUUAUGUUCAUAUUUGUUGUAUUUUUCUGCGGAACUGCCUCGGGAUUUCUGGGAACUUUCCUAUUAUGGCAUAUUCAUGAAUUAGGUGGUUCACAGUUGUUAUUCAGUUUUGUGAUAUUGUUCAAUUCUGCAGCAGAAGUUCUUAUUUAUCAUGUUUCAAAUCGACUUAUCACAGUUCUUGGUUAUCGUCGUGUUCUUUAUAUAGGAUUAAUUUGCUAUGGGAUACGCUUUUUUUACUACUCAUACUGUGAAAGACCUUGGCUUUUUCUUCCAAUUGAACUUAUCCACGGAAUUACUUCGGCUGCUGUAUGGUCAGCAUUCGUGUAUUACGUCAGCAACGAUUCCAGCAAUUACACCACCCUUCAAGGAGUGGUAAGUGGUGUUUACGGAGGACUCGGUUAUGCGACUGGUGGGUUAAUUGGGGGUCUAUUGGUUCAUGAGUUAGGAACAAAUGCCGCCUUUCAAAUGUUUGGAGAAGCGUGCCUGGUCAUUUUAUGUUUUUUUAUAAUUACUAAUAUUGUUGGAGACAAGCACGCAAAAACACAACUAUGUUCUUCAAGUGGAAACGACGAUAAUAAAAAAAGUACAGAUUAGAUAUAGUGUUUGAUUAUUAAAAUUAUCUAGUUACCUUUUGUAAUGUCUUUAGAUUAAAAAUGUAUUUAAAUUGAAA